UGUAAUCAUACAGAGAAAUAGGUGUACACCAAAAGUAAACAUGCAGGAGGUAUGGGCUUCAAGGAUCUCCACUGUUUUAACCUUGCAAUGCUAGCCCGCCUAGCUUGGAGAAUAAUACAAAAUCCAAAUGCCUUAUGGGUCCGUGUCUUAAAAGGUUUAUAUUUCUCAAACUCCUCAUUUUUGAAUGCUAGAAAAGGAAGCCAUCUUUCUUGGGCGUGGUCAACCAUUUUGAAAGGAAGGGAGAUCGUCCAACUAGGGAUGCGAUUGAACGUCGGGAAUGGUCAAAAUAUUCUGAUCUACCAAGACAAUUGGGCCCCCACCCUAGCUGGUUUCAAGGUGACUUCUUCCCUCGGUUUACAUUGUUUGUACUCUCAUGUUUGUGAAUUACUUGAUAAUAGAGGAGAAAGGGAUGUUAUGAAGUUGAAUGCAUGUUUCAGUAGGGAAAUAAGUAGGGAAAUUCUUAAAAUUCCUACCGGAGAUUGCUCUGACUCUAUUGCAUGGCAUAAUGAUAAAUACGGUAGAUUUUCUGUUAAAAGUGCCUACCUGCUAGCAUAUAAUGCUGUUCAUGAACCUGGUAUAAAUGAUCCCAACAGGAAUCUCACAAACGCUGAGUGGAAACACUUGUGGAAACUGAAGGUACCUCCCAAAAGUUCGAGCGUUUUUAUGGAGAGCCAUAAUAAACUCAUUGCCUUCCUUGGACAAUCAGGCAAAAAGGGGGAUUUCAUAGGAGCCUUGGGUUUAGACCCUCGGCAGCUAGGGGCGAAAUGCUUUAUUGAAUGGUGGAGGUAUAUCAAUGAGGUUGCUAAACAAAAGGGCAUCCCUUCUUUGGUGGAACAAUGUGCAAUUAUCUGUUGGCACUUAUGGAAGGCAAGAAAUGAAAAAUAUUUUGAUCAUGUAGAGUUGAAUCCUCACCAUAUCCUUGCUCGUAUCUCUCUUAUGAUUCAAGAAUACUCUGCCUACACAAAUAAGGACUUACUCACCCCCCCAUCCAGAGUACGCGCAACUGGGAAGCAACAGCCAUCCGCUUGGAGUAAACCCCCACUGGGAUUCAUAAAAGUAAAUGUGGAUGCUUCCUUCUCACCUAAAUCGGGGUCUGCAGUGCUUGCUAUGGUAGGACGCAAUUGUCAAGGUGAAUUUUGCUUUGGCAAAUCCGGGUUCUAUAUGGCUCUUUCCCCACUUAUGGUAGAGGCUGCUACUUUGCACAAAGCUACUCAAUUCGUGGAAGACAAGGGUGUUCAAAACGUCAUAUUUGAAACUGAUAACCAAGAGCUAAUUGCCUGCCUCUUGCAACCCGAUAAACCCUCUCCAUGGGAAGUAAAGACGCUUAUUUUAUCCAUAAAAAGGGUCUCUAGAAGCCACCCUAAUUUUAUGUUCUCUUUUGUAUCAAGAGAGGGUAAUAGAGUGGCUGAUUGGGUAGCUUGGCAAUCACUUAAAGGGCAAUGUCCUGUUUUUUGGGAAAAUAUACCUCCUAAUGAACUACUUCCGCUACUAUAUCAGGAUGGUCUAUGUAAUUAAUGUAAAUAUACUUGAAUAUAAUAUAUAAAUUUCUUUUUU